AUGAUGCUUCUGGCCCUCUUCAUAUCUCUCCUCGCCCGUACUUCCGACGCACAGGGAUACUCUGCUGGUCCUGUCGUCCGCCACACUAAAUCGGUUGACACCCCAGGAGGGCAGGCUGGAGCCGACAUUGUGGUGGCGAAGGAUGGCAGCGGUGACUUUACCACAGUUCAGGCCGCGCUUGACGCCGUACGUCCUGGCACGCCAUCCCGCUGGAGUGUGAUUUUUAUUGAGAGCGGCGUGUACUGGGAGCGCGUCGUGAUGAACGAGUCUUUGCACCACGUCAUGCUGGUGGGGGCCAACGGCCGCAAGGGAGACCGUGCCAAGAUCACGUUCGCAAAAACCAUGCCCUCAGGAGGGGGACUGGACGACAGCGCGACGUUUCGACUGCUGGCAAACGACGUGAUGGUGUGGAAUGUCGUCUUCGAAAAUGCCUACGGACCCGGCGACAAGGGAGGUACUACCGCAGCUGCAGUAAGUUGGCGUGUCCCCCAUGGAUCUUCCCUCUCCCCCUGCACGUCCAUCUCUCCUUCCUGCUGCUUUCCUUGCUAUCCUCUGCUCUCCACUUCCCCCACCUCAUUUUGCCCGACCCUCGACUGUCGCUUGCCCCCUUGUUUCCUCGUGGCAGCGAUCUUCGGGCGCAUGGACUUCGUGUUCGGCAACGCCAAGGCGGUGUUCGACCAGUGCCGCUUCCGCCUCGUCUAUUGGGGCGGCGCGUACUUCGCGCAGGCCAGGGACCAAGGGGAGGACACUGGCUUCGUUGUUUGGGGCGGCUCGCUCUCCCCAUACGGAAAGGGCCCCAUUCGCCCGGGCUACCUGGCGCGCGCAUGGGGGGCGUACUCCACAGUGGUGUUCGUGAAGACCUACUUUGAUGUUGGGUCGGUUCGAGAGGAGGGUUGGAGCUAUGUGGGUGGUUACAGUAACACUCAGAACGUCAUUUUUGGUGCGUACAAGUGUUACGGGCCUGGCUACAACUCGAGCCUGUGGGAGCACAACGGCAGGGAGAUGAGCGCGGCGGAGGUGGCGCCGUACAUGUCGCCGGAUUACGUGAACAAGGACAAGUGGAUUCCGUACAACCCGCUCAACCUCAUGCCGGCCGCUGGCACCAGUGCGGUGGGCAGCGUGGGGGCAGCGCGCGAUCCGAAGUCACCCGUGGAGUCUAUCGGCGCACGCGGACAGAGGCAACCUCGCGGAACCGGUUCAGCAGGGCGAGUCAAAGGCACGGGGGGAACGUCCAGUGGUCAGUCCCCUUCGAAGUCGCCUGUUCACAGUUCUGGCGGCACGGCCAAAGGCCACCGCUCUCCCAGGAACGCUACCACUGGCACUUCAGGCACGCACCCCGCUAAGGGCUCCAGUUUCACACGAGAACUCAUCCAAGGUGCUGAGGUACAGAAGUCGUUUCUACACAAGCUCACGUGUUGGACGAGAAAAGAGCAGUAUUAG